AUGAUGAUUGAAUAAUAGUCUCCCCAAUAUUGGGAUGAUUUGAUUUUGAGUAGUAGUAAAAAAGAGUCUAAGAUGUAAAGUCAAACACUUGAAUUAACUGCCUAAAAACUUUAAUAAUAAUUAGAAAAGAAUAAAGAAUUUAAUCAUGAAUAUAUGAUGAGAAUACAAAGAAGUUAGUCUGAUCAUCGAGAUCAAUAUAUUUCUGAACCUCAUGAGGAGUAAUAAGAUGAUGAAGGCGAGUAAUAGAAAACUUAUUUGAAUAAAUUGAUGGAAGAAUUUAAUUCAACUUACAGUCCAAAAGUUAAAAGACCCUGUUGUUAACCUAAAUCUUAUGAUAUGCCAAAAUAACAAUAACAAAAAGUAUUGAGCUACUCAAAAGAGGAAGUUUGGCAUAGACUUUUGGAAGAUAAGAGAAUUUAAUUAGAAUAGAGGGAAAAUGAAAAAAGAAAAUACAUAGAUGAAUUGGUAGACUAACAUUGUACUUUUAAACCAAUAAUUAGUGAUAUUGCAUCAAGAAGAAGCACAGAUUAGCCAGUGGCUGACCGAUUAUAUUAGGAUGGUAUUGAAUAAAAAAAAAGAAAAGAAUAAUUAAAAUUUGAUCAUAUUAAUUCAGAAUAGUUUUCUUUUAAGCCGGAUAUUAGUUAAAUUAGUAAUGUAUUAAAAGGUGAAAAAUAAUUCAUGAAACCAUUAUAUGAAAGAAUCGAUGAAGUCAUGAAGAAAAAAUAAGAAGAAUUAUUAUUAAAACAAUAGGAAUUGUAACAAUAAUCUGAUUUAACAUACUAACCUAAAAUUUCAUAAAGAUCAAUAUUUAUAGCAGAACAAAAAUAAACAUCAAAAUCUGUUGUUGAAAGAUUAAUGGAGGAUGCAGCUAUUAAAUUGUAAAGAAAAAUAAAUUAAAAGAAUGAAAUACCAGAAAAAGAUGAAUGCACUUUCAACCCAUAAAUCAAUCCAACAACUAAACCUGUAUAAUAAAUUAAUUAAAUUUGUUAAACUUAAUAUUUGAUGGCGGAUUUUAUGAGAGAAAAAAAGGAAAAACUUAUCUAAGAAUUUAUCAAAAAUUCUGAUGUCACUUUCAAACCUUAAAUUAAUAAAACAAGUGAAUUGAUUAUGGAAAGCAAUGAAGAGAGACUUUAAGAGAAUAUGUCUGAUAAGAUUAAUCGUCUUGGAGUUAGAGAUUAUGAAAAAAAUAAAAUUCUAAAAGAUCAAAUUUAAUAAGUAUAUUAUCAAUAAUUCUCCUUCAAACCUUAAAUUAAUAACAUUUCCUCUAUUAUUGCAUAAAAACGAUCUUUAGAUGAUCUAGCUUACAAUCCAGAAAAACAGGAAAAUUUAAAUCGGCUGAAAGAAGUAAUUUAUUUCAUUAAAUCAAUAGGAAUAAGAAUCAAAGCAAUCUUUUAGUUACUAUCCCUAAACCAAAAAAUCACAGCAAUAUUAGCAUGUGAAAUCAAAAUAUGAUAAAAAGUUGAUUAAAUAAAAUAUGGAAAUAGAAAAAGAGCUUAAAGAAAGAAAAAUUCAAGAUUUAAAAAAGUAACAUAAAUUAUUUAUCUAAGAUAAAUGCAGUAUAAGGAGUUGAAAGAAUGCACUUUUAAACCAAUCACUAAAUAAUUUUAGAAAGAUGAAGAACCCCUAAGUCAAAAAGUCAAAGGAGUUGACAAUUUCUUUUAAAACAAAGAAAACAUUAAGAAAAAAGCCUACCAACAAAUGGAAAGAGAAAAAGAGCUGUUCCACUAUGAAUUAAAAUAUGAUUUUAAGAAUCAUUUAGAAAAAACCAAGCCAGAANGAAAAUACAUAGAUGAAUUGGUAGACUAACAUUGUACUUUUAAACCAAUAAUUAGUGAUAUUGCAUCAAGAAGAAGCACAGAUUAGCCAGUGGCUGACCGAUUAUAUUAGGAUGGUAUUGAAUAAAAAAAAAGAAAAGAAUAAUUAAAAUUUGAUCAUAUUAAUUCAGAAUAGUUUUCUUUUAAGCCGGAUAUUAGUUAAAUUAGUAAUGUAUUAAAAGGUGAAAAAUAAUUCAUGAAACCAUUAUAUGAAAGAAUCGAUGAAGUCAUGAAGAAAAAAUAAGAAGAAUUAUUAUUAAAACAAUAGGAAUUGUAACAAUAAUCUGAUUUAACAUACUAACCUAAAAUUUCAUAAAGAUCAAUAUUUAUAGCAGAACAAAAAUAAACAUCAAAAUCUGUUGUUGAAAGAUUAAUGGAGGAUGCAGCUAUUAAAUUGUAAAGAAAAAUAAAUUAAAAGAAUGAAAUACCAGAAAAAGAUGAAUGCACUUUCAACCCAUAAAUCAAUCCAACAACUAAACCUGUAUAAUAAAUUAAUUAAAUUUGUUAAACUUAAUAUUUGAUGGCGGAUUUUAUGAGAGAAAAAAAGGAAAAACUUAUCUAAGAAUUUAUCAAAAAUUCUGAUGUCACUUUCAAACCUUAAAUUAAUAAAACAAGUGAAUUGAUUAUGGAAAGCAAUGAAGAGAGACUUUAAGAGAAUAUGUCUGAUAAGAUUAAUCGUCUUGGAGUUAGAGAUUAUGAAAAAAAUAAAAUUCUAAAAGAUCAAAUUUAAUAAGUAUAUUAUCAAUAAUUCUCCUUCAAACCUUAAAUUAAUAACAUUUCCUCUAUUAUUGCAUAAAAACGAUCUUUAGAUGAUCUAGCUUACAAUCCAGAAAAACAGGAAAAUUUAAAUCGGCUGAAAGAAGUAAUUUAUUUCAUUAAAUCAAUAGGAAUAAGAAUCAAAGCAAUCUUUUAGUUACUAUCCCUAAACCAAAAAAUCACAGCAAUAUUAGCAUGUGAAAUCAAAAUAUGAUAAAAAGUUGAUUAAAUAAAAUAUGGAAAUAGAAAAAGAGCUUAAAGAAAGAAAAAUUCAAGAUUUAAAAAAGUAACAUAAAUUAUUUAUCUAAGAUAAAUGCAGUAUAAGGAGUUGAAAGAAUGCACUUUUAAACCAAUCACUAAAUAAUUUUAGAAAGAUGAAGAACCCCUAAGUCAAAAAGUCAAAGGAGUUGACAAUUUCUUUUAAAACAAAGAAAACAUUAAGAAAAAAGCCUACCAACAAAUGGAAAGAGAAAAAGAGCUGUUCCACUAUGAAUUAAAAUAUGAUUUUAAGAAUCAUUUAGAAAAAACCAAGCCAGAACCUUUUAAUAUUUCUUAACAAAAUAAUAUGAAUAAGAGACAAUUGGAGGAAGAAGCAAUAUAAAAAGAAAGAGAAUAAUGUACUUUUCAACCAAAAAUCAAUCAAAAAUAUGUUUUUUCUUGA